GCUUCUCCAGCACAUUGGUCAUCCACAUGGCCCUCCUCUGGACUUUCCUCUGGACGUUUAUGUGGUGUCAACCUUACUACCAAUAGAAAACAGAAAAUGGAUGAACUCUCCUCAGAACUGCACCAGUCUUCAGAAAAUCCUAAAAAGAAUGGAAUUGAAGCAAGAGUAAUCCCAAAUGAGUAAUCACAAGAGGCAUUGAAGGCAAAUUUUACAGGAAGUUUAAGCAUCCACAAAACUGCACAAGGAAUAACAGACAUCUCUAGAAUACAACUGGCUCUUGUGUAUCUGAAGAAUCCAUACCUCACAUCAUCUUUGCUGAUUUCAAAGCUAGCUAUCCCAAGAAGUUUCCCAUCACAGCUCUUCAUCAUCCAUACCACAGACAAGGAAUCAGGCCACUUUUGGAGAAGAAACUCCAGAAUCUGCUAGGUAUGCCAUUUGAGGCAGAACAAUAGAAUAUCUAAUAGACUACUCUGAGUAACAGUAUUUAUGAAUAACUACUUCACCUAAUCUUAUCUCUGUUGGUUGCAUCCUAUAGGGUAGUAAUGGAGCUGGAGAAUUCCACCACUGCUGUGAAAAAUUUUUUCUUUUUUGGUUUUACUGAAAAUGCCAUGUUACGGUAUGUACUUUUUGCAACUUUCCUCAUAAUCUACAUAAUGACUUGGCUUGGAAAUGUCACCAUCAUCACCACAGUAAUCAUAGAUCAAGAGCUUCACAAGCCUAUGUACUUUUUUCUAGGAAAUUUAGCCUUCAUAGAUCUCAGUGAAUCCUCAGUGACUCUGCCCAAGAUGCUAUGGGACUUCCUGUCUGAGUAUAAGUCCAUUAGUUUUGGAGGAUGCAUUGCACAGAUUUUUUUCUUCCAUUUCACAGGAGGUACUGUGGUUGUCAUCCUCACAGUGAUGACUCUGGACCGGUAUGUGGCUGUUCACAAACCUUUGCGGUACUUAAACAUCAUGAAUCACAAUGUUUGCCUUGGCCUGGUCACAGGAGCGUGGAUAGGGGGAUUUGUUCAUUCUAUUGUGCAGGUAGCACUGAUCAUUCAGUUGCCAUUCUGUGGACCAAAUUUACUAGACAAUUUCUACUGUGAUUUCCCACAGGUAAUCAAACUAGCCUGUACAGAUAUCUAUGAGGUUGAGGUGCUCAUGGUGUCCAACAGUGGACUGCUUAUGAUCCUCAUAUUUAUUGUCCUGAUUGUGUCACAUGUUGUCAUCUUGGUCAAAAUCAGGGCACAUAUCACAGAAGGGAAGCACAAAGCCUUCUCCACCUGUGGAGCCCAGGUUGCAGUGGUGAGCAUCCAUUUUGUACCCUGCAUCUUCAUCUAUGCAUGGCCAUUCAAAACAUUUGUGGCGGACAAAGCCAUGUCGUCUCUUUAUACUAUCAUCACCCCAAUGCUGAAUCCCAUAAUCUACACAUUAAGGAACACAGAGAUGAAGAAUGCCAUCAAGAAAUUUCUCAACAACAUCUUUUUCAGAAUGAGAAAUUCACAACUGUCAUUCGUUUCUUAAAUGAUUAUCUUUUACAGAGAAAUGUAAAAACAAGGCAAAUAAUGUCAACUUAAUAACUGAUUUUGUUUUA